AUGAACCGAUCCAAUUACAAGCGAAAAUCAACAGAAGCUGAACUUGAAGAAGAAGGCGAUCUAACUAAAAGAACUAGGUUAGAUUCUCUUUUUGACGAGUUGUCUAUAUCAGAUGAAGGAUCUUCCAAUUCUACCCGUUCCUAUGUGAUUAAUCCAGGUGUUAAGGGGGUGCCUUAUGGUGGCAUUGCUAAGAAACCCGCCAAUGGACAACAAACAGGGCUGUCGAUCCAUAAUCUAGAUACAUUCCUUAGUGAACGCUUAAACGAGCAUCUACGAGUCAUGAUUUCUUCCCAACUAGCGGUGAUUGCAUGGUAUGAUUAUAGAUUUUUGAUAGUUUAUCAAUUUCACAAAUGGGUUGUUAGAAUGUUUAAUAAAUUUGUUAAGGAAUACAACCAAAGAAAUGGAACAAGGGUAGCUCGGUUCAAAAAUUUUGAACUGAUUUUAAAAUUGGUUCACGAUAAUGUCCUCACUCUUCCACAGGUGUUUGACAUUGUUUUACAAGAGAAUCGAUUAGAAUUAAUGAGGUUACGUGCGAAAUUAGACAAGUUUCAGUUGCGACGAGAAUCAAGAGAAAGAGAAGAAGAGGUUGACGCAACUAAAGAAGUAAAGUACAAUUAUUGGGAUAAUUUGAAGUUCGACAGUAACAACGACUUUGAAAUGGCUGAUAUCAGCGAUAGCAGUGAUCGAAAGUUGUUUGAAUUGGAUCCAGCCUAUGAAACUGAUAUUGAUAUGGCUUCAGAAGGAAGUAGCGACUCUAUUAAAUUUAACGGAUCUAGUUAUAACCCAUUCUAUGGCAAUUAUAGUUCACGUCCUGUAUAG